AUGAACUCGGUGCGCGCAAUCCAGCAACUGAAUAAGCGCGAGCUCGAAGCCGGCAUCAACCCAGAAGGCUCCUGGCACACCGACUACCGCGACACGGCAUUCAUCUACAUCGGCGGCCUAGCAUUCGAGCUCUCGGAGGGUGACAUCAUCACCAUCUUCUCGCAAUAUGGCGAGCCUGUAUGGGUGAAGCUGGCGCGCGACAAGGAAACGGGAAAGUCACGUGGAUUUGCAUGGAUAAAAUACGAGGACCAGAGAAGCUGCGAUUUGGCUGUGGAUAACCUGGGCGGCGCAACUAUCAUGGACCGAGUCAUCAGGGUCGAUCACGCACGAUACAAGCCAAGAGACGAUGAGGACAUGAGGGACAACACCAUGGGCGAUGUAGACAUGGACACCGGGAACGACUCGGAUGGAGGCAGACGCAAGCGGAUGAAGAGCGAGGGAGACAGUGAUUCAGAGGAGGAUAGGCCAUUACUGCCGGAGGAGAUUGAGCUUGGGCGCCUCAUGGAAAAGCUUGACGUCGACGAUCCUAUGCGCGACUCUAUGAUCAAGCAACAGCAAGAGAAGGUGGACGAGGCAGUUGCCAAGUUGAAACGCAAGAUGAGGAAGGAGAAGGAAAGGAAGAGCAGACAUGAGAGACGAUAUCGCAAAGAUGGCUCAAGAGACCGCCAUCGAGACCACGACAAGAGGAAACUCAAGGACGCUGAUCAUGACGACCACCACAGCCGGCGACCUCGGCGCAAGGAUGACCGUAGCAGAAGCCGCGACAGGGAGUCCGACAAUGGUCGCCGUCAGAGGAAACCCAGGCAUCGGGACGACUCAGAAGAUAGAGAUCGACGCCGCCACCGUGAUCGAAGUCGAGAGCCACGCGACCACAGCAAUGACGGGCAUGUCACGGACCGCGACCAUCGACGGCGCCGCCACAGCUCCGACAGCCUAGAUGGAAGGAAGCCAACGUCAAAACGCUCGCCUUCGCCGUACCGUAAACGCUCUCCUCGAUGA